AUAUUCCUGUGCUCAUUCGACACUUAUCAUUGAAUUGAGAUUGAGUCUGGAAAUACAAUACGAAGCUAUUCUCCCAUUCCCCAACUCCAUAAAUGUGUAAGCAAAUUCUGUCUCAAAUACUGUGAUGAAAUACUGUUGAAAAUGUCUGGCUGGCCAAAGCGAGUGCCAACAUUCAAGUGCGCCGUAUUCGGCCACGAGGGAUGCGGGAAGACCGCCUUUAUCCAGCGCCACUUGACGGGCGCGUUCGAGCAGGAGUAUCUGCCCACGCACGGGAUCGUGGUGAUCAAGCUGCUGUUCAACACCAGCCGCGGGCCCAUCUGCUUCGAGAUGUGGGAGAGGGGCGGGGCGGAGUACAACCCGCUUCCGAAUUCAUUCUUCAAGAAGAUCAAGUGCGCCAUCCUGAUGUUCGACGUGGGCAUAAAUGAGCCGUUCGCUAACUUCGACACACACUACUCUCUGUUAAACAUGGUUCCUGCGCACGUCCUGAGAACCAUCUGUGUCAACAAGACCGACAUCAAGCCGUCCAAGAAGAACCGACUGCGACUGACCAUUUUCCGCUCCACAAAGAUUUCCGUUAAAACCAAUCUGAACAUAGAGAAGCCCUUUGAGUACUUCGCGCGCAGACUGUUCAAGGACCGAUCGCUGGAGCUCAUCCCCAGGCCAGAAAUGUUGCCGGCUCAAGUGCGGCUCCGUGGCCAGGACAUGCUACGCCAACGGGAGUCGGGGGCCUGGGCAGAGCAAUCAGAAACAGAUGAAGACCAUUAAGAUCUUACACAGACCCACCAGACACCAGACGCAGCACCGAGGGCAGACCACAGACAAGCAGACAACAGCAGCACACUCUCAAGGGUAAGG